GUAUUUGUCAUUCCAUUUGAAACGAAGCGCGGGUUAUGAACUUCCUUAGCAUCCCAAUAAAAAAGUCCUCUUCCUGCGAUUUAUUCAACAGCUUGAAACAGUUAAUCACUACACAGUAUGGUUCGAACGUUGCUGAGUCUUGCAGCCAUUCUCUUGGGGAUUUCGCCACUAUACGGAAUUCUGUAUGUGCCAAAGGAGAUAACUAUAAUCCUACAGUUGAAAGAAUAGCAGCAUAUCAUGAUGCAUUGGAUCAACUAGAAGGACGUCUAAAUCUGACCAACAACUCUCGAGUUGAAUUCAAGUGGAGUGAUAUUACCGGAAAAAAUACCAAAAAAGAAAACUCAUUUAAAUUUGAAAGGAUGAAUGUUCUUUUCUGUUAUGCCGCUGCUCACAGUCAACUUGGUGAAUCUUGCCGUCCCAAUUGUGAAAAUUCACUUCAACAGGCCCUAAAGUCUUUUAAGAUUGCUUCCAGUACGUUUGACUAUUUGUCAUCGGACACAGCUUCGACAAAAGAUCCUCUACCAGAUAUGACUUCAGCAUCAUUAACAUUAUUCAGUAACCUUAUGCUGGCUCAAGCUUAUGAAUGUGUAUUUUACAAGGCAGAAAAAGAUGAGAAAAAGCCUGCCAUUCUAGCAAGAAUAUCAUCGACACUAACUACUCUUUACGAGGAAUGUGUUGCGAAUUGUUCUAGUGGUGCUAAAAAUGUUGUCCCAAAGGAUUGGCCAGGUGUUUUAAACAUGAAAAAGGGUUUAUAUGAAGCUUUAACUCAAUAUUAUCAGUCCAGAGCUUGUGGUGAAAGCAAACAAUAUGGUGAACAAUUGGCUCGUUUAUCAUGGGCCUACGAAUUGAUUAAAAGCGUUGCUCGCAACAGUUAUUUUCAGCGUAAAAACUUGGUAGAACAGUUUAAACACGAAGAAACGGUUGCAACCAAAGACAAUGAUCAUAUCUAUCAUGAGAAAGUACCAAAUAGAAUGGGGCUAACUCCUGUUCAGGGUGUUGAAUUGAUCAAAAAAUCUCAACUGACAUUCCCAUUGUCAACAUCAGCUAAAGAUUAUUUUGUAGACCUGCUUCCUGUUGCUGUUACAGAGGCGCUUAACACUGCUAAAGGUGUUCGUGCAUCUCUAGUCGAGGGAGAAGUGUGUAGACUACGCGAAGCUUCCACUAAACUGAAUGAAAUAUUGGCUUCAUAUAAUCUUCCAGCAGCAUUACAGGUUACUGGAUCAGCCGUAAUUCCAGAUACUCUUUUGACUAAAGCUGCUUGUAUACGUCGAGAUGGUGGGGCUGGAAAAUUAUACGAACAGCUGACAUCAAUACCUGAAUGUGUGCAACGUAAUAAAGAGAUUAUUCAAGCCGAGCAAACAUCAUUGGACAGUGAAGAAGCAUCUGAUAAUAAUUUACGAGCACAGUAUGGAGAAUGUUGGAGACGAAAACGGUCUAGUGAGCUGACUAUGACUUGGCGUUCUGAUAUACAAAAAUGUUUAAAUUUACUUGAACAAACGACAAAAACAGAUGCAUCCCUACUGGAAAGAUUUGAAAAGCAUAAGAGCUACAUAGAAUUGCUUAGCAAACCGGAGGACGAACUUGUAAAUGCAAUUCGAUCAGAUGCCAAUUCUUCGACAACGAGGACUGGUGGAAAUAACGAAGAGUUACGAACGGAAUUGAGUCAGCUAUGCAACAAUUUGGAAGUAGUUAAAACUGAAAGAAGUGACAUCAUGGACCAACUGAAAUUAAUUGAUUUCCCACCAGAUUUAGUCAAUAAGCUCGUAACAUACCAUCGUGAACAUGGUGAAAUAAUCGACUUAGAUAUUGCUACUAAUAUGCUUAAUGAAAAAAUGGUAACUAUUCGUGAACUUAUUCGAGAAAAUUUGAACAAACAAGAAUCCUUACUAAAUACAUUGCAAAUGAAAGCAGAUAUGUUUUAUGGUGGAUCGGAUAGUAAUACUUUAAAAAGUAAAGGCCUUCUAACAAUGCUUAAUGUUGCUGCAGAUGAAUAUUCUGCACUUCAAGAAGCUGUUCGUGAUGCAAUGAAAUUUUAUGCUGAACUCACUGAAAUCUGUUUAAAUACACAAUCGAAAAUCGAAGAUUUUUGCGCUGCUCGUACAACAGAAAAGAAUGAAUUAAUGUCUGACAUUACAUCCAAUUUAAGCCGAGUUCGUGUUUCUGACCAACAGCCAAUGCCAAAACCAGCUGUACCUCCUGGUCGACCUGAUCCUACUUAUGCUAAUUCUGUUAAUCCAACCCCCACACAGCCCACGGUUUCAAUGCCACAACCACCUAUGGGUAGUAUGGUUAAUACACAGUACCAAAUGCCUGGACAAGCGUGGGUUCCCCAAGGUUUUCCCAUGAUGGCUCCAGGUGCACCACCAUAUGGUAUGGCUCCCUAUCCAGCUAUGUAUCCUUACUAUGGUGGUUAUGCUCCAAUGCCAAUGCCUUCAAAUCCAGCCUUUCCUCCUGUACCUAUGAUGCCUCCUCAUCAUAUGGGCGGUGGUAACAAUGCUAGUGGACAUCAAGGGCAAUACUUGCCUGGACAGCCUUCUGCUCAACCCUAAAAUUUAUCCUGAUAAAUAGUUUAUUUUCUUUCUAACAUAUCUUGGUUUGAUUGCUUUGUGUGUGUGUUUGUUGGUUUGUCUGUAUUCCUUGGAUCCGACAAAAAAUAUCCCAUGUGUCUUGAUUUUUCCCUUGACAAUCUGUUCAACGAUUUGAUUACUUGAUUAAAAUCCUUUUUUACACGUUAACCUUCUCUUUUGAUAAGAUGCAUAAAAGCUACUUCUCUUUUUCAAAGUAAAAUUGGCUACUUAAGACUAUGCAGAAUACAAUUGAAUUGCGCCGUGAACACUUCUAUUGCAAAAAUGGACACAAUAAGUAUGUUUGUGUAGGUACGUAAUAUGGGUUUUGAAAAAACAAAAUGUCAUUGUUUUAUUUGAUAUAUAUAUAUAUAUAUAUAUAUAUAUAUAUACUCUUCCACUCUAUUAUGAUGUUGUACUUCCUAUCUCUUGUACCUAAAAAUAAACACUUUUUUACGUG